UCUAAGUAACUUACUGGACAAAAGUAUGACUCUGCUGCAAGUAUGCUUCUUGGUGAAGCAGAAACGUUUGACAGCAGCGUUCUACUUUAUACACACUUUGAAUCGAAGAAAAUAUAAAGUAGCGUGGUUUAAGAACAAGUGGUACGUUGCUUUUCUACUUCUCAAAGUCUGUCACGGAUUCUGUAUCCUCAACUUAGAAACGACUUUGUUAACUUCAAAACAUUACAACUACCACACACACACACAAAAAAAGGAGAAUUUAUAAUUAGUGCAUUAAUAUGUUUCUGUGUUUUUUCUACCCCUAUGUUUGUUAAAAGCUGCGUUCACAUUAAAACUCUCUAGUACGAUAAUUUUAUUGUGAACGCACCCAUAGUUGUUUAUACUCUUUAGUCGACUGUUUGGUAUGCUACUGGCAUCACCAAAAGUGUGUCAAUCUCGGCGUUUACCAUUCAGAACACUUCAUCUGUUACAUCAUUACUUCAUUACAUUACAGAUCACGCACUAUAAGACAUGAUACUAAUACACAGAGUUAUCGGGCAGAACACACUGCAACAUAUCCCAAUGGCAGUAAGAUUUCAGACAGGAAAACGAGAUGAACAGGAGAUGCGGCGUAAACUGGAAGAAGAGUUCAGCUCCUUGGUUAACGCUGAAGCUUAUAACAAAUGUGUAACUAUUAUCAGCAAUGGAGAGGAAGAAAGUAGAAAACGUGGAUUAACGUACUUUGAUACCAUUCGUGAGAACAUCCUGAACCUAUCAGAACUGCCUUCAACAAUCCGAAUUAUGGAUUUUGGGGGAGGUACAGGAACCCCUAUAUCAGCCAUUUGUAAAACACUCCAAGCUCUCAACAAAGAUGUCAUCGUCAGCGUGGAAGAACCUCACGAAGAGUCGUUGCAGAAAUACAAGAAAUGCAUUGAGAACUUGGAGAAUGCUAAUCUGGAUGUGUCCUACUCUGGACGGUUCCAGGAUUACUUCGGGAAGUCUGUGGAAGAGCUGAAGUCCAUUGGGGCGUAUCCUGAAGAACAACAGGACAGGGUGCUUGCUUUACAUUCCAUGUAUCAUCUUACACGUUGGUUGGAUGAUUUCUGUGACCCUCAGGAAGACAUCAAACGAGCUGUCUUUGUCAUGUAUACCAUUCUCAAGCCCGGGGGAAUGAUAUUAAUACAGAUUAAUAGUGGCGACAAUGUUUUUAUUUGGAACACCGCUGUGCAUUGUUUUAAGAUUUGUUUUCCUAAUGAAGCUGUAAACCUAAUGAAGGUAGCGGAGGCUAGAAGUUCUUUGCUUUUUCAAGGGGAAAUUGCCGAUAUUCUGAACGAAUCAUUUCCAACCUUUAAAGCUUCGAUAUGGCACGAGGAGGUGAGGUGUGAUAUCAUGAUUCCAUCGCUGGCAGAGGUUGGUGCUUCGAUCCUAGCCGCCUAUUUCCACGGUUGGGCAGAUGACACUUCCAAAUUUGACCCUAGUGUGUUGUCAUUUUGCAUGGACUUCAUCCAGAGAGAGGGCAGGAAGUAUGGCCUUUCCCAAGAAGAAGACGGAAUGUGGCGGAUGCCAAGUGUUACCCACUUUAUUACUAUUAAGAAAGUCAAAGCUGAUUAGGACUAUUCCUAUAGUAUUUAAUUUAAAAGCUGUGAACGUUUAAAAGUAUAGGGCUAUUCCUAUCCAUAAUAUUAAUCAGGAAGGCAUCGACACAUGACAUGGUGUGCCGAUACUACAUGUAGACACAUAAGAUACAUGUUUAGUUUUAUCCUGUGGUGCUUAUUCCUGCUGUUUUGUAUAGCUUUUUCCAUGCAAAUACUAACUAAAAGGUGGCAAAUGCUCAAAAAUUAUUUUCAAUUUGUUCUGCAUUUUUAUUUUUUAAAUGAAUGAUAUCACCAUCAUGAUGGAACUUUUUUUUUUUUAUACAUUUCACAUUGUUUGUACACGGAGUAAAACGACGUAAUUUGAUGUGAAAUAAUAAAGCACACGUGUUCUGGGAUAUUAGGGCAGCUCGGUGUUCAUAUUGAUAAAAGUUACCAUUUUCAAUAAUAUCUUAUUCAGUUCACAUGACGGACUUAUUUACUUUACUUUGGCAUUAGAACAGUCACUUUCAGAACUUUCAAACCAGAUUGGAUCAUUACCUAAUAUGAAUAAAAUGUGACCCCUUUUUGUG